AUGGACGAAACACUGAAGAAGCUGGCACCUAAUCUGCUCAGAUCUGAGGCUGACUCUAGGCCAGUCGUGGUAAUGAUGUGCGGCAUCGCAGGGGCCGGCAAGUCAACGCUCUCAAAAGCAAUACUAUCCACCCAUCCCAGCUUCGAGCGCCUAUCAAUCGACACCACCAUCGCAGCCAAGCACGGCAUAUACGCAGUGGACUACCCUCCCGAGAAGAGUGCCGAGUACCAAGACGAGGCUGCAGACGAGUGCGAGUCGCGUUUGGUCAGCUUGCUCGCACAAGGCGUGAAAGAUGUGGUGGUGGACAUGUCUUUCUACAGUAAGGACGACAGGGCGCAUUAUAGACGCCUGGUGGAGGAGCAUGAUGGCAGGUGUGUUCUGAUCUACCUUCGGGCGGCUAGUAAGGAGGUGCUUUGGCAGAGGAUCCUCCAGAGGAGGCGGAAUGGCAUCAACGCGGAUUCGGCAUAUGAGAUCACGGAAGAAAUAAUCGAUGCAUACUGGAGCGGUUUUGAGGCCCCGGUGGGUGAAGGCGAAAUCAUCAUUGAGGUUCAGUAG